UCUGACCAACAUGGCGGCGGUGUCCCGGCUGGGCUGGGGAGCUGCGGCCGCGGCCCGGGGGCUGCGCAGGCGAUUCUGUCAUAUGAUGAAUCUAAACACCAUUAGGAAACAGUCUCUGCAUCAGUUUGUACAAAGGCCACUUUUCCCACGACCUGAAGCCAUACGCCACACAGUGAGAUGCAUGUUUAUUCAAACACAAGACACCCCAAAUCCCAACAGCUUGAAGUUUAUUCCUGGAAAACCAGUUCUUGAGACAAGGACCAUGGAUUUCCCCACCCCAGCUGCAUCAUUUCGCUCCCCUCUGGCUAGGCAGUUAUUUAGGAUUGAAGGAGUAAAAAGUGUUUUCUUUGGACCAGAUUUCAUCACUGUCACAAAGGAAAGUGAAGAACUAGACUGGAACUUACUGAAACCAGAUAUUUAUGCAACAAUCAUGGACUUUUUUGCAUCUGGAUUACCCUUGGUAACUGAGGAAACAUCUUCAGGAGAUGCAGCAUCUGAAGAGGAUGAUGAAGUUGUAGCAAUGAUUAAGGAAUUAUUAGAUACUAGAAUACGACCAACUGUGCAGGAAGAUGGAGGAGAUGUCAUCUUCAAAGGCUUUGAAGAUGGUAUUGUACAACUGAAACUCCAGGGUUCAUGUACCAGCUGUCCUAGUUCAAUCAUCACUCUGAAAAAUGGCAUUCAGAACAUGCUGCAGUUUUAUAUUCCGGAAGUAGAAGGCGUACAACAGGUUAUGGAUGAUGAAUCAACUGAAAAAGAAGCAAAUUCAUCUUAAAAUCAUUUGACUUUCCUUGAGCUCAGCAUUGGACUUGAUAAUAUAUACCAACUUUUAUUAUUAGUCUGUAAAGAACGUGAGGAUUAAUAAAAUAUGCACUUUACUUCAGGCUGAUGUAUAAAAAUUGCAUGUUUGCUUUACCUCCUAUGAGUUAUUUAUAACAACCUGAAUCAUCUGUGCACGUGGAUAUUAUCCAGAGAUAUUUUUAUGUUUGUUCUUCAUUUCUCAUGGGUUCUUCUUUGCAUAAUGUGUGAAGCAGUUUAAAAUAGACUCUCUCCCAUCUAUGUUCUUUAUAUAUAAUAAUA